AUGUCGUCCAUCCCUUUAGGGGACCGAAGUUCAGCUGGCCGUGGAGACUCCAGUUUCCCCCGAAGUAGCCGCUGCAGUACAAGUGAAGAUUCAGAAGAUGAGGAGAUUGUGGAAAUGCUAACCUCACCUGUGCAUUCUGACUUCGAAGAUAUUGAUGAAGUUACCACUACAGAUAUUCUUAGGACAUUUCAGAAAGACAAUCUUGAUUUGGAGGACAGAAUGAUUGUUGUGGCCAGACGAAGAAAGAUUCUGCACAGUGCAUGUACUGCAUUGAAAAGCAGCUACUUUGCCUGGCACAAAUCACCACAAAUUGAGUUUGUUGGUGAAAGUGCUGAUGAUUAUGGGGGACCUCGUAGGGAAUUUUUCAGGCUUUUAAUGCAGGCUGUUCAGUCUUCAUUUGGAGUUUUUGAGGGGAAAACAGGCAAGAUGUUUUUUACUUACGAUCAAUCAUCUGUGGAGAUGAGAAGAUAUUACACUGCAGGAAAGCUGAUUUCUUGGUCUCUGAUGCACGGAGGACCAGGAGUUAAAGCACUGGAUACCACAUUAUUCAAAUUAAUGUGUGGUCAAAAAGUUACAACAGAGGACUUUGACUGGCAUGACCUCCCAGAUAGUGAAACUCAAGAUAAAGCACGACAGGUACCCAUCUUACAUAAGUUUAAAUAG